GUGCGCAGAGCCUCGCAUGAAAUCUCGGGGAAAAGAAGUGAUUUCUGAUCGUUUGGUUCCCAUUGUACUUUAGAAAAAAACGUAGCUUGGCGGCGACCCGGAGCGGGGUUGGAUGUGGACGACAUAAAAAGGAAAAGGAGUAGAGAGAGAUCUGAACCAGGGAGGCGGCGAGGAUGGCGACAGUUGCUCGAGCGCCGGCCGGCAGGAUGAAAGGUCAUGCUCCACUACCACCGCCUCAGCCAGCUCCACGCAAAAUCCUCACUGCUACUCAAAAUUGUAAAGUUAAACACAAAGAUCAGAAUCCUGGAGAGAUGAAAGAAAAUGUUUUGCCUGGAACAGUGGACUUGUUGGUUUUCUUACCAAAUGGUGCAGAAAAAACGGUUGAAGUGAGUGGGAGUAAAGCAGUGAUGGAUCUCUUGAUUGAUCUGUGCAGCCAAUAUCAUUUAAAUCCAACUCAUCACACUCUUGAACUGCAAUCCAGAGAGACGUGCAAACCAUUGGGCUUCAAGCCAAAUACUCCAGUCGGAGUUUUGGAUAUAGACAAAGUGCUCAUAAAGCAGAAAGUUAUUGAGGAGAAGCCAAGACGACCCCCACCUGUAGUGCCUGAAAAAACCGUGAGGUUGGUGGUGAAUUUCCACAAGACACAAAAAACUGUGGUACGAGUCAGUCCAUUUGUACCCUUGCAAGAUCUGCUACCAGUUAUAUGUGAGAAAUGUGACUUCAAUUCAGAUCACCUUGUACUUCUGAGAGAAAACAUCAGAAGGGAAAAGGUAGAUCUUUCAAAAUCGUUAAAUGAUUUGGAAACCCGGGAAUUGUAUGCUCUGGAUACUAGCAGAGAAUUGAGUCAAAGUGCUUCAACACUCACUGGCCUGAAUGAAAAAGAAGAAAAAGGGCUAUUGGACUUUUUCAAAAUUGGCAAAAAGAAAACAAAAGGUUAUUCAACAGCGCCAUCCACACCAACUGUUAACACACGACCAACUAUGUUGAAUCCAACGCUCUCUACUAGCAACAUAUUGAGAAUGGCUCAAAUGACAGAUGUCAAGAAACGCAGAGCACCGCCUCCACCAACUGUUCCUCCAGAACACAGCAGCAUAAAGAUUGCCGAUCCAAAUGUACAAGAGCCUGGUGCUGAAACCCAAAAUUCUAUGCAGAAGAAACGACGUGCUCCAGCCCCACCAUCUCGUAUACCAAAUAAAUUAGACGGAACAGAAUUUGAAAGGAACAAUACUUUUGGUAUUGCUGGACGUCAGGUGCCAUUUAAGCCUCCAAGAGGUGCAUCGCCAGUGUCAGGCAAACUACGUAGUCCACCCCAGUUAACGAUUCCUCCUCCCCCACCAUACCCACCUUCUGCAGACAGUGAGAUUGUCAACCAACCAGGAAUGUCACCAGAGUAUGAUUUCACUAACAUGGUGCCUGAAAUUACUGAACAUGGUGAAUCGAAGCCUGAAUUGGAACUGGGAUCAGAACAAGAUAGUGCAGUUGGUGAUGAUACGGAAAUAGAACCUGAAGAUAGGGAAGAAACCGCAUCAGUAAGGAGUAGUGACAGUUGCCACCAAAGUUUCUCAGAACACACUCCAACAUCAGAGGAUGAACUAUUGAAUGCUGAUGACUCUGGGACUGUAAACACUCAGUUUGAUGUAUCCUUCUCAGUUUCUCUCACUGGCAGCCUCAGUUUGAGCAACAAAAUAGACACUAAUGAGAUCCCAAGUGCCUCAAGUAAGGUAAGUGCCACAGAAGAAUAUUCAACAUGGUGUCGUGAUCGGUCUUCUGAAGAAGAAUCAAAUUCUGCUGGAAACUACAAUAUCAGCUCUGGACCUAACUGGAAUGAAGAAGCUAAGAUCUCCAUUACAGAUCAGGCACAUAUAACCUUAGCAGGAUUAGAUGCAGAGUUGGCCGCAGCUGUGCAAGAAUCGGCCAUAAAAAAAUCUUCCACUUUGUCUAACAUGAUCAAUGAUGAACAAGAAUUUGUCCCAGUGACGAUCAUUGAUGAAAUAUCAUGGACUUGCCAGGAGGAAAUUGAAGAGAAAAUAUUACAGGAAGAAGUACUGGAAUCUACAGAAGUAAAAGUUCACGAUACAGAUAGAAAUCAGCAAACACACUCAGAAACAAUGACUGAAACUUCAGUAAUCAGUAUUCAAGAACAGUCAUUACCUGAUGUUUCAUUUGACACAUUCUAUCCUGUAAAUUUUCUCAGUUGUACAGACAUCAGACAAGAGCCCAUUAAAAAAACAAUGGAAAGUUCACAGGAAAAGAUGAAUGAUGUCCAUGAUGAGAUAAUAUCAGGAGAAAAUAAAUUAAAAAUGUUUGUGCCUGCAACUGAACUGAAGUAUGAUAUGCAGGUUGGAGGAAAUGGUAAGAAAGAUGUGCACAACAUUCCACCAGUGGUGGUUGACCCAAUAACCUUAGAAGCUGAAAUAACGAAGAAAAUCCAUGCAGAACAUCUGAUUCAGGGUCCGGAUUGUUCACCAGCAAAUUAUGCUCCAGAACACAAGCAUACAUCAGCCAGGUGGUUAAAUACUGCCAAUAAAUUUACUAAUGAAUGUAUUCCAAAAACAGGUAUGAGAACAUUCACAGUUAUCCCGCCACAGCCAAUUGUAAAUCCCAAGGGAAGAGUAAGCUUGUCAUUAGCCACAAAUGCAAUGAAGAUUGAUGAUCAAGGCAAUUUAAUACUUGUUGAAAUCAGAGGAAAAAAAGACAAAAAUACUACUACAGCAGCCAAUGACAAGAAAUCACGUUUAGAACAAGCAAAACUGUUCUGGAAUGCAAAAUGUUUGGAUAAGGAUAAUCUGUAUUGUGCUAACCCAAGUACAACUAUGGCAAUAAAUGCAACUGGCUGCACAGCUGGUAAUUUUCAACUGCAAGAAACAGCAAAAAAGUUGACAAAUAUAUCCCCCAAAUCUAACGCAAUUACUGCACAGAGUACAGCUGCCAGUAAAAAGUCACUUAAAACCUGCUUGCAUUCCAAUGAAGAAAAAUCAUUUUUGUCAGUUAUGCCAUUGAAUCAAAAAAUGGCAAGUGUACUGGAGAGUACCUAUCCUAGAGCAGAGAGUAAUUUUAUCAAGCCCUGCAGAAGAACAUCAAGUCAGUAUGUUGCCUCAGCAAUUUGCCGCUACACAAGCAUGCAGUUAACAAAAACUGUAGCUGGGAAUGAAUCUAAUGUUCAGCGUAACAGUGGAAAUGACAGUAAUUCUGAGGAUAAACGUAAGUUUAGACCUGCUGAGGAGAAGUCUUCUGUGAAUCUCUUAAAAAAAGGUUUCAUGGAAAACCAACAGAAGACAGGGUUUGCACUCCAUUCCAACGCAGAAAAUGUUGAAAAAAUGACAAAACAUAAGGAAGCUAAAGCUGUUCCAUAUCAGAAUUCAAUUAUUAAAGAUGUGUCAAAUCAAACAGACUCCCUCAACAAAGUUACAUCACAAUCACAAUCUUCCCAGUUACUCAUAAAGAAUGCCUUUUCUGCUGACCAGCAAUGUCCCACUGCAAAUAAACAGAUUCCACAAAGUGAAGUGCAUUCACCUUUUGUGAAAGAAGUCGUGACUUCCAGUGUUCCAAUUAAUCAGUCAGUUAGUGCAUCCGUGACUUUUGCAAUCAAUCCAAUUUCAACUUUAUUUUCAGAUUCUAUUAAAAGUCAUGAUACUGCUAUAAAACAAGGUGAUUCAUGUGCCUCGGACUUGCCUGCAAUAUCUACUGUCGCCUCUUCAGGAACUGAAACAGUAUUUGUGAUGCAGUCAGAACCUUCACCUUCCUUUCACACAGAUGGUUUCAAUAUCAAACCCAGUACCAACAUGUUUGGGCCUGUCAAGAAAUUCAAACCCAUCGUUCAGAAGCCUGUACAGAAAGAUGAGUGCUUACACAGUUCUCUAAUGGAAGCUAUCCAAUCAGGGCAAAACAAAGAACGGCUUAGAAAGAUUUCUGAUACAGUGAUAAACAGUAACCUUAAAAAAGAAUCACUUAUUGCACCAGAGAAUGAACACUCUGCACUUUUGGCAUCAAUUAGAGCACACAGUGGAAUUACAAAACUGAAAAAGACAACUUCUACAGUAUCAAAAGAGUUACAGGAUAUAAGGGAAUAUUCUCAAACAAGACAAUCAGCAACUGCAUCUUGUGCUCCUCCUUCUGCUCCUCCUCCAGAUUUUCCAAAAACUGAGAAGUUCAACACCAAAUCUGUUGUGAAUUUAGAAGAGGCACGAACUGCAUUAUUAGAAGCAAUUCAAUCUGGCACUGGUGCAGCUCGCUUAAGAAAGGUCGCCAUUCCAAGAAAUACAGUGCAAAUCAGUGGAAGGACACGUUCUGUACAAAAAUCAAGCUGCUCAAGCCCAUACAUUUCCUAAUGAACAACUAUGUUGGAAGUAAUCGCUCAAUGGCCUUAAAAUAUCAUUCAGAAUACUUUCAAGAAUACAGAAGAAGUGACAGAAACAAAUAUGUAGUGAUAGAUCACAGUUCUGCAUUAUGUAAUUUUUUUGAGCAAAUGGUCUAUUUUAAGUAGAACUCAAUAAAGCUAAACAUCUAUUUGAUCUUUACCAAUAUAUUGAUUAUAUUAUGGAUACUUCCAUUGUAAGUACCUGGACCUCUUACUUAAUUCAUACAUAGUGAAUAUUCUGCAAUAAAUUUUCACCAAUUGCAGUGAUCUCAAAACAUAAGCUUAUAAAAGAUUAUUGAAUGGUAGUUCUGGGCAUCAGUCUGUGCUAAUUCUGCCAAAAACUAUGUUCUCUUUUAGCUUUUGCAAUUGCAGUCUUUUCAUUGAAUUCAAAUUUCAUUGGAAUUUAAUUAAAGUAUUUGCA